AAUUUCAUGUUGGGUUCAAAGCUCAGGUAUAGUUUAUGUAUAGGUUUAGGUUUAGUAAGGAUAAUGGUAAGCUGACCCGGAAGAUCACCAAGUGUUUUACAAACAAGUUUGAUGGACCAUACUACAGUUGGAGCUGUGUGCCAAGUGGAAAAAAAGAAAGAUACUUCCUUGAAUUCGCGUCUGAUGGUACUUCGCGUCGGUCUAAGCUAUCUCAAGAGGAGGAUGAUGAGAUCUUUCUUCAGUCUACUGUCACAAAUGAUAGAAGGGAGUACUUUGGAGUUGGAAGCUUAAGGAUUUACAUCAAUGGGAAGCAACGUGAAGUAGAGGCACUGCGGGUCGCAGCUAAACAAGCAGCUGAGAUCAAGCACUUGACGAUGGUGAAGAAGUACUUGAGUGAAACUGACACUAGUUUCUUGGCCUUCCUCAACUCCCAAUCAACUCUGCGGAUGAUCAUUCAGAAGUUUAGUAAGGAUAAUGGUAAGCUGACCCGGAAGAUCACCAAGUGUUUUACAAACAAGUUUGAUGGACCAUACUACAGUUGGAGCUGUGUGCCAAGUGGAAAAAAAGAAAGAUACUUCCUUGAAUUCGCGGAAGUUGAAUUAGGAAGACCGCCUACUAUUGGAGAAGUGUUCAUCAGGACUCAUACCAAGAAGGACGGGACAUUUGUGGAUAGGACGUCUACUGUCACAAAUGAUAGAGGGGAGUACUUUGGAGUUGGAAGCUUACGGGUUUACAUCAAUGGGAAGAGUAAGUACCCACAAAGCACUUCUUCUUUCACAACCCUGCAAUCACAGCUUAAGGAUGCUAACUGCAAGAUAGAGGAACAAGUAGCUCUACAAGCAGAACGUGAAGUAGAGGCGAUGCGGGUCGCAGCUAAACAAGCAGAUGAGAUUAAGCACUUGAUGAUGGUGAAGAAGUUUAGUAAGGAUAAUGGUAAGCUGACCCGGAAGAUCACCAAGUGUUUUACAAACAAGUUUGAUGGACCAUACUACAGUUGGAGCUGUGUGCCAAGUGGAAAAAAAGAAAGAUACUUCCUUGAAUUCGCGGAAGUUGAAUUAGGAAGACCGCCUACUAUUGGAGAAGUGUUCAUCAGGACUCAUACCAAGAAGGACGGGACAUUUGUGGAUAGGACGGUGCAGGAAAUCCAUGAGGCAUAUCUCAAGAACAAGGCAGCUAAGUUGGCUGACCUUCAUGAGAAUGAUGAAUAUCUACUUUUGUCAUAUUAUUGCUUUGAUCAUCUAUUAAGGACUAAUGUUUUUACUUUUCUUACGCAGUCUACUGUCACAAAUGAUAGAGGGGAGUACUUUGGAGUUGGAAGCUUACGGGUUUACAUCAAUGGGAAGCGUAAGUACCCACAAAGCACUUCUUCUUUCACAACCCUGCAAUCACAGCUUAAGGAUGCUAACUGCAAGAUAGAGGAACAAGUAGCUCUACAAGCAGAACGUGAAGUAGAGGCGAUGCGGGUCGCAGCUAAACAAGCAGAUGAGAUUAAGCACUUGAUGAUGGUGAAGAAGUACUUGAGUGAAACUGACCCUAAUUUCCUGGCCUUCCUCAAGUCCCAAUCAACUCUGCGGAUGAUCAUUCAGAGGUCCAAGCUACAAGUUCUGCUGCUAAUCCUGACGUAUGAUAAUUCUUAAUUGAAAUCGAAAUUAGCAGGCUAAAUCGAUAAAUAAACCUCUAAUUAGUCG